GUCGGUACUCAACCGACUCGAACGCUUCACGUCGCCGUGCAAGAAGUGCGGGAGUGAAGUUAAGAAAAAUUGGAAUCAGUUGCACAGUGGAAUCGAAUUACCUGUUCGACAAAGACGUCUAUGUGUUAUUGUUAAAAUUAAAAUUUUGAUUAAGGAAAGGUGACAUCACUACAAAAUGAGCGGUCUAUUGAAGCUGCCGUCUUUGCUAGCGAGAAAUCCUCCCACGACUACGUUGAAUAAAUUGGGAUUAUCUGUCAUUGCAAAUCGUAAAUUCCAUUACACACCAGAUGGGAAAGCAGCAAAAGUUUCUGAUGGUGUUUCUAAACAGUAUCCAUUGGUAGAACAUACUUAUGAUGCUGUUGUGGUGGGUGCUGGUGGAGCAGGAUUACGCGCAGCCUAUGGCUUGGUUGCAGAAGGAUUUAAAACAGCAGUCAUUACUAAAUUGUUUCCUACAAGGUCGCAUACCGUUGCUGCUCAAGGAGGUAUCAAUGCUGCUUUGGGUAAUAUGGAGGAGGAUAACUGGCAGUGGCAUAUGUACGACACAGUCAAGGGAUCUGACUGGUUGGGUGAUCAAGAUGCCAUUCAUUACAUGACACGCGAAGCUCCAAAAGCAGUCAUUGAAUUGGAAAAUUGUGGCAUGCCUUUUAGUAGAACUUCUGAUGGUAAAGUAUACCAGCGUGCUUUUGGUGGACAAUCGUUAAAAUUUGGAAAAGGUGGCCAAGCCCAUAGAUGUUGUUGCGUGGCUGAUAGAACAGGUCACUCCUUACUUCAUACAUUGUAUGGUCAAUCAUUGAGCUAUGACUGCAACUACUUUGUCGAGUACUUCGCUAUGGAUUUGCUAAUGGAAGAUGGAGAAUGUCGCGGAGUGAUUGCGCUUUGUUUAGAAGAUGGUACACUUCAUCGUUUUCACGCUAAAAACACGGUAUUAGCGACUGGAGGAUAUGGACGUGCAUAUUUCUCUUGCACGUCUGCUCAUACGUGUACCGGCGAUGGCACUGCAAUGAUAUCUAGAGCCAAUUUACUUAAUCAAGAUCUGGAAUUUGUACAGUUUCAUCCUACUGGAAUAUACGGCGCUGGUUGUCUUAUCACAGAAGGAAGUCGUGGCGAAGGAGGCUAUCUUAUAAAUAGCGAAGGUGAAAGGUUUAUGGAACGUUAUGCUCCAGUCGCGAAGGAUCUAGCCUCUAGGGAUGUUGUAUCUAGGUCUAUGACCAUUGAAAUCCGGGAAGGCAGAGGCGUUGGUCCCGAGAAAGAUCAUAUUUUCUUGCAACUUCAUCACUUGCCACCUGAACAAUUAGCUGCUAGAUUACCUGGAAUCUCAGAAACAGCCAUGAUAUUCGCAGGAGUUGAUGUAACGAGAGAACCCAUUCCUGUCAUACCUACGGUACAUUACAACAUGGGAGGAAUACCUACAAAUUACAAAGGGCAGGUUCUAACGAGAAAAAAUAACCAGGACGCAGUUGUUCCUGGUUUAUAUGCUUGCGGAGAGUCGGCUUGUGCAUCAGUUCAUGGUGCUAAUCGUCUUGGUGCCAAUUCUUUAUUAGAUUUAGUUGUAUUUGGACGUGCAUGCGCUAAAACAAUUGCACAAGAGAAUAAGCCAAGCGAAACCAUUGGACCUCUCAGACCUAAUGCCGGGGAGGAAAGUGUGGCGAAUUUAGAUAAGAUCAGAAAUGCAAAUGGUAGUAUUCCUACCGCGGACUUGAGAUUAACGAUGCAGAAAACAAUGCAGACGCAUGCAGCUGUGUUCAGAACAGCUGAAACUUUACAAGAAGGAUGUCAAAAGAUGUCUGCCCUUUACAAAAAGUUAGACGACGUGAAAGUGUCGGAUAGAUCCUUGAUAUGGAACUCUGACCUUGUAGAAACACUAGAAUUACAGAAUUUAAUGAUCAAUGCCGUGCAAACAAUAGUAGCUGCUGAAAAUAGGAAGGAAAGUCGUGGAGCUCACGCACGCGAAGAUUUCAGAGACAGAAUUGACGAGUACGAUUACAGUAAACCGCUAGAAGGCCAACAAUCAAAACCAUUGGACCAACACUGGCGAAAACAUACACUUACGAAGAUCAACCUUAAAACAGGAGAAGUUUCUAUCGAUUACAGACCAGUCAUAGAUAAGACGCUAGAUAAAACCGAGUGUGCAACAGUUCCACCUGCGAUUCGUUCCUAUUAGAUAUUUUUUUAUUUAAAAGUAAAUAUGAUUUAGUUUCAUUAGUUUCUUCAUUAAAUUUUUGGUUUUCAUAUAUUUUAAAAUUAGCCAUUUGUGCGAUAUUUUUUUUAAAUUUUUUGCACAGGAACGAACACGAUCAACGAGGAAAAGUUACCGAUAUCUAUCACUACAUUGCAGCAAUUUUAUUUAUUAUUGCACAUGAAUUACGUCGUGCACCAAAGUUUCAUUCUUGUCAAUACUCGCACGCGUUGCGAGCAAGAUUAGUUGUCCUUGUAGGAUAAUGGUGCUGAGAUUAUCUUCAUUACUUCAAAGAAGAAUUUUGACCGAUCUCUUAGCAAAUCAGUGCUAUGUUUAUUGUAAACUAAUAGUAAAAUAUUAGUGUGAUCCAAGCAGCAAGUAAUUUCUCACGCACACAUCUUUUAAGGAGGAACGUUCUCCCUACCUCUAACACAAUUUACACAGUAUUUCUGUUUGUAAUUUUCAUCUAAGCAAUUUGUUUUUCUAUCAAACAAAUUGUGAAAUAACGUACGCAAUAAUGUUAAGAGUUAUUUAUGAAAAAAAUAUUUUAUACGAUAAUUCAUGAGGUAGUACUCCCUAAAAGGUUGUGCAGCAAGAGCAUGUCACUUUCGCGGCGGCUUAAUACUUAAAGUAACGUAAACAGGACAAUAUGGAAACAGUCUGAAAUAAGAGUAGUCACGGUCCUUGGAAUCAAAACUAUCUGAUAUUUCAUUUACUUUUGAUAUUAUGGAGCAAUAUUGUUAUUUUAUUUCAAAGUUUCAGUACUUACUUCAAACUUUGAUAUUAUCAUGUAGUUCCCUUUUUAUGACGAAUCUGUUUCUGUUUUACCUGUUUUGUAUUAAUAAUUUACCGUACUGUAUGUUUCAUACAAUGAAUAAAUCUAAGGCCAAUGUACAUCGAUGAAAUCGUGUACUUUGGAGUAAUUCAACUCGAGUGGACAUGCUGUGCAGGAUGAUAAAAAUGUACAUAAGAUUGUCAAUAAAAAGAGAGCAUUCGUACAUUCUUUUA